AUGUAUACAACACUUAACUUCUCAACUUCUGACAACUCCAACUCGUCAGGUGUUGAUCCUCUGAGACUGCAGGAGCUGGCUCACCGGUCCGUCAAAGUAAGCAUAAUAAUCGUUUUGGGCGUGAUGAUCACUUUGGGGAAUGUUGCAGUACUCCUGGUUAUUUCUUCAUCCGUGGCUGGUUGGACAAGAAACUCUCGGUACUUUCUCCUUUCUCUUACUGCUGCAGACUCUGCGUUUGGACUGCUGAUCAUGCCCUUGAAUCUCUGGGUGAGUCUGCUAAAGGACUACAGUGAAGGGCCAGAUGCUCUUUGUCAUGUCGUGGCCUUUUUUAAUGCCACGGUUUAUUCCACCUGCAUGUAUACACUGGCUACAAUAAGCCUGGAGAGGUACAUCGCAGUGUUUUACCCGCUGCAAUAUUCAUCUCUGAUGACAAGAAAAAGGACUCUGCUCCUGAUUGCAUUUGCCUGGUGCUUCCCUCCCUUUUUACUUUCGCCAAUAUCAUUUCCAGAUGGCAUUAUCGAGGUUCAUUUUUCUACUGCAUCACUGGUCUGCAAUCCAUCCUACUCUACAAAUGUUGGAUACUCCCUUAGUUUGACAUGUUUUAUAUUUUUCCCCUGCUCCAUCAUCAUGACAUACGCAAACCUGAGAGUGUGGUGCGCUGCCAAGAGGCAGAGACUAAAACUGCGCAAAUACGACUGUGCUCGUCGCAGAAGACACAAUGUGGCAUCCAGAGUGCUUGUGCCAGUGAUAGCAGCCUACUACACCUGCUGGACACCCUGCAUGGCAGCUAUGAUCUACAAUGCAGUCUCAGGUAGCAGCGUACCAGAGUGGAUUGAGUUUGUGGUGGUAUGGCUGCCAACCUCAAAUGGUUUUCUCAACUGUAUCUUCUACUUCUGGAUAAACCGAAACUUCCGCAGGAAAUUCCACCACGUCCUCCAGAGGUGGACUCAGGCCCUUUGCCCCAAACUGGCUGACACCCUUGGGUUCUGCGGCACUUCAAAGACACAGUUUGUGUCAGGAAUUCUGGACAAUAACAACACUGUCCAUGAGCGCUCUUCCAGUGUAUCUUCCACAUGCACCUUGUUGAGCUUAGCUUAGGAUGUCUGCGCUUGAUGAGCACCACUGGCAUGGUAACAUACAUGGUCAGCGACCUCUGUAUUGUCUUAUAUUGUCUGGCUGAGCUGGUCAACUGAAGCCAAGUUAUUGACAUAUUCUUACAUAAGGUAUCAUGGAUAAGAAGUAGAGUAAUGCUUCACAUGGAUUGCAAUGUGAAUGGGUUAAUACAAAGGCUAUAAUGGGAGGUAUUUGAAAUAAUCACUGCACAGUCACUUUUUUGAGUUUUUCUUAUUUUUAUUUUUUUAUCCAUUUUCAGUUUAAGAAUAUAUUCAGAUGACUGGAACUUAUUUGGCUUUUUUGUUUUGUUUUCUGUUGUUGUUGUUUGUCCUUUUUACUCAUGCACACAGUGUUGCCAAAAGUUGAUGUAUUAUCAGAGACUGCCUCUUAAACCAUCUUUUAGUUGUUUUAUAGUUAGCCAUCAACUUUUUCUGUGCCCCAGAAAUGCCUACCAGUAUUCUGCUUACAGCUGCAUGAUCAGUCUUUUAGUAGUGUAACCCAUGCUGUAUUAAGAUUUGUGGCUUAGGUCACCAUAUUUCACUUCAAACAUUUGAGGUCAGUCUAUUAGUUCUUCACAAGAAACUGAUAUUUAGGAUUAUAUUCCUAUGAGACAUUUGUGAAGUAACAUCACUAUCUGAUUACAAGCACUUUGAAGAAUUGAGGCAAUCUAUCUCUUCUUCGGUUUACACUGUGUGUUGAAGACCUUGGCAUAUAACAGCUAGGAGAAGUUAACCUUUAAGUCACAUCAUUUCAGUGUAUGCAAGGGGAAAAGUAAUUAAGCAGCUACACUGUAGAAAGGUCACCACAUUUGUGCCGGCAAAAGAUAACUGGGGUAACUUCUGAGGCUGUGGUUGUUUGUUUAGAGAUAUUCAGCCCAUGAUAUUGCUCUCAGUAUCGUGUACUACAGUAUGGAUUCAACAUGGCAAUGCCCAUGUCAUCUUUGUCUGAAUAAAGCUUCCUGUCAUGCUGACGGUUUGUUUAGAUUUAAAGUUGAUCAGGAGUAUAUUUUCCAGAAACAUCCAAAAGAAAUAGAAAUUCAAAACAGUUUUUUAUGCAAGUUAUUUUAGACUUUAGGUUGCUGCCUGGUGUCACAAUCAUUAAAGCCUGAGCAUUGCCUUCAUCAAACACUUGCAGACGAAAUGCAAGUUAUUAAGUAAUAUUAUGUGAGGAAAAUGACUGACUUUAUAAUGACCUUUGUAUAUAUACAUGUUUCUGAGUUCCUAAUAUUAUAAAGAAUGAACAAAUGUUUGAUAAUGUAUUGGUUUAUGAAUGUACGGAAUAAA